AUGCAGUCAGGAAUAGCAGCUUCCCAAGAGCUACAGAACGAGUUUAACUCGUUGCUGUCUUCGAGCAACACCUUCGGUCUUCUCGCAACUAUCGAGAAGGAAUCUAUGGUACCUGUUGCUACGAUUCCUUCAAAGUCGAGCUCUUUUUCCGACAACCUUUCUGAACUCGAGCCUCACCUUAAGCCUGAUGCCGCCCUCUACAUUAUCCUUCGUCGUUACGACACCGCUCCUCGAUUCUUAGCCAUUACCUACGUCCCCGACUCGGCAAAGGUCCGCCAGAAGAUGCUCUUUGCUUCGACUCGCUUGACCUUUGUGCGUGAGUUGGGAACAGAACAUUUCCGAGAGACGAUAUUUGCUACGACAGCUGCGGAGCUGAGUGCCAAGGGCUUCGAGAAGCACGAUGCGCAUAGCAAGAUGGAUGCCCCUCUCACCGAAGAGGAACAGCAGUUGGGUGAGGUUAAGCGUGCUGAGCAGGAGGCGGGAUCGGGAACUGGUGCCAAGGAGAUUCACUUGAGCAAGAACUUUUCCAUGCCCAUCUCCGAAGAUGCCGUUGCUGCGCUGAAGGAGGUUGGCCAGGACGGCGGACGACCUGUGACUAUGCUGAAAAUCAACCCACAAACCGAGGUGGUGGAGCUAGUUCCCGAGGCCCCAACUCCGAGCGGCAUUUCGGAGCUAACCCAGGUCAUCUCAUCGUCUGAGCCGCGGUUCACCUUCUACCGCUUCACCCAUACGCACAACGGUGCCGAAUCUAGCCCAGUGCUCUUCUUCUACACCUGCCCGUCGACAGCCGGAAACAAGUCUAUCAAGUUCCGAAUGAUGUACCCCCUGAUGAAGCGUUCCGUUCUUGAGGCCGCUGAGAAGGUCGCUGGGCUCAAGCUUGAGAAGAAGUUCGAAGUGGAGGAGCCUAGUGAGAUUACCGAGCAGUCGGUCUUGGAUGAUUUGCAUCCCAAGGCUGCGGCUCGACAGGGCUUUAGCCGACCCAAGCGACCCGGCCGAUGA